GGAGUCGAUGCGAAUAAACCUAAUGUCGACCGACGUGGAUAGACGAGCAGCAAGUAGCACGGCGUGCAAAUUAAUUCUGUGCAGAGUUAAAGGGAUAGAUUCAUGGCUGCUGAUUUAUUCCAUCGACAACACUGCGAUAACAUGUGACAUACAGGAAAAUGAUAACGGUUGAAAGUCUGCGAUCAGCAGCAAAAAUGAGAAUGUUUUAAACACUUGUAGCAUCAUCUUUGGAUCAGCUGUCAUAAGCAGACGAUACAGAGUGUCUAAUGGCAUUUAUCGGAUUGUAAGGUCAUGGAAUUGACUGAAACUAGUGUGCAAAUAAGAGAUUGUUCCAUAGACUUUAUUCCUGUUUACAUUAAACAAGAGAAUGACGAACAUGAAACGGAUUUCAAUGAUAUUGAAAUAAUCAACGCAGCUCAAAAUUUCUGUGCUAUUGAAAUUAAAGAGAGCAAAGGAUGUGCUACAAUCAAUAACAACGAAGACUCGAAUGUAAACAGCAAAGACGACACAGAGAACACAAAUAAUCUAAACAAUUCAAACUCGACGUUGAAUAUCUCGCAACAGAGUGAAACCUGUAACAUCAAUGGUAUUUUAAACAGUUCAGUCUAUCUGCAAAACUUGGACUACGAAAACAUAAAUAUAGAAAUACAAAAACCAACGAGUCAAAUAGCUGAAGUUUUUAUUGAUCAAAAUGAACAACUACAAACGACCAAUUACAAUGUCUCGACAGUUACUAUACCAAGUGAACUGUUAGGACUGAAUCUUAAUAUAAAGAAGGAGAAUGAAUUAGAUCAAGAAACGGUUUAUACCACGGAAUGGUUGUGCAAUGUAAAUAAUGAAACUGACCUUCGAUUGAAAGUCUCAAAAAUCAAGGACAAAAUUCGAGAAGCCCCUACUAAUAUUGAUGAUACAAUAUCAUCAGAGAAUGCUGGUAAUGCAAAGACCAAGGAAAGUAAAUCUGAAAGACCUAAGAAACAAUUGAAAGUAAAAUCAAAUUCACUGCAAGAUUACAAAGAGAAAUUACGAAGGAAAGCAGAGUGCAUGAGAGAGAAAAGAAAGAAAUUGUACGAGCAAGAAAGUGAAGAACAGCGUCAACAAAGAUUAGCAAAGGAGGCAGCAAAGAGACGAGAAAUGAGAAUGUAUUAUGAAACACCAGAACAAAGAAGAAAAAGGUUGGACGCAGAGGCUGCAAGGAAAAGAGAGUAUAGAAUGUACAAUGAAACGCCUGAAGACAGAAGGAAAAGAUUAGAUCGUGAAGCAGAAAGAAGAAGAAUGAAAAGACUUUCACUAUAUGCUAGUGAAACUCCUGAACAAAGAAGAGAAAGAUUAAAUAGAGAGUCGGCAAAAAGAAGAGAGGCUCGACUCAAUCAGUAUGCUAAAGAAACGCAGGAAGAAAAAAAAGAAAGAUUGAAGAGAGACGCCUUGAGAGUUAGAGAAAUGAGAUUUACUAGAUCUGCUAUUGAGACAGAAGAGGAGCGCAAACAAAGGUUAGUAAAAGAUGCUCUUCGAAAAAGGGAGGUAAGAAUGCAUGGACGUCAUUCAGUGAAUAAUAAUUUCACUGAGCUUCAAACGGUUCGCAAUUUUGAAGAAUUAAACAAUGUGCAGAUAAAGGAGAAUCCUGAUAAUCAAUUGGGAGGUCAUUACUUGAGUAACUGGAUGAUGUGGUUCCAAAAUUCGUUAGUCCAACCUGUUCAUGUUGGAGAACAAAUCAUCAAAUCUCAAUCAGAAAAUAAUGGAUAAAAAAUUUAUGUAAUAAAUUUUGAAUACUGUACAUAUUCUUCCUAGACAUCUAUAUAUAAAACAAACAUUUAUCUCAAUCAUUUAUGAUGAUUUGUACAUACUAUUUAUACAAUAUUUAUGCUUGAAAUACAGUAGCAAAAUAUAAUAUAUUCUAUAGCAACUACAUCGCAUAAUGUUUGGAAUGUUCAACAUAUGUAUGUAAUAAUUCUACACUGUACAAUUUUAUUAUUAAUAUUUAUAUAUUUUACAAUCAAGUAUGAUUAUGUUAUUAAAUACUGUCAAGAAUGUAAAAGCUUAUUGUUUAGUAUAUUUAUUUGUUAAUAUAAAAAAAAUUCGCUGAAUAAUG